UUAUAUUUACUUCUUUUGUAUCUAUUAGUCUAAUUUAUAAAUGAAUUUCUGGAUUUUUCUCGCUAAUAAAAUGCUGUGAGUAUUUAUUGUGCAUUUCUGAACGUGAAUAGAUGAGCCAGCUAUGCCAUACAAAUGGUGUUUCGUGCAAUAUUGUCGCAAUACCACGACAAGAACUCCCAGCAAACGAUUUGUUGCCGUUCCAAAAGAUCCAGCGCGAAGGAAAAAGUGGUUUGAAGCAAUCAAAAGAGAGCCCGAAUACGAACGAAGAAAGAACUCUUCCUUAACCUGCUGCGAAGACCACUUCGAUUUUAAAAUCGAUAUGGAAAACUAUUUACGCUACGAAAUGAUGGGGGGUCCGAUAUUAUUGAAAAAAGGUGUGGUACCUCACAUUUUCGAUCGGCCUAAACCUGGUGAUUCCACAGCCAAACAAAGAAAUCUCGAAGAAAGUGUUUACGAGCGACUAUCAACAAAUGGUGUAAUUGAGUCGAAAAUCGAAGUUGGAGAACAGUCAAUUGUUGAUAAUAAUAUUAAGGAAGAAAUUCACAUAAAAAAAGAACUUGAAGAAUUUGAUGUUGAUCCAUUUAAUGUUGAAUUUGCUUUAACUAAUAUUAAGGAAGAAUGUGGUAAUUCAUCAAGUUUAUCAGCUUGUGAAGAUUCCAAUUUAGAAGUAAAGAUAGAAAGUGAAGAACAAAUCGAAGCAGUCAAUGAAAAUACCAACAUUAAUAUAAGUAAUUUUAUCAAUAAAAUCAAAGAAGAAAUAAAAGUAAAAACUGAAGAGACUUCUUCGAAUUCGAACAAUGAAACUGUGAUAAAGGAAGAAAUUGAAGAAACCUCAUCGAAUAAUGAAAAUGAUACUUCUGAAACUUCAACAGAUAAUGAAACUUUAAAGAAACAUCAAAAUAUUCGUAUACGAGGAAUCAAAUAUCUGUGCAAUAUUUGUAAAAAAACUUUCUCUCAGAGUAGUUCUUUAAGUCGCCAUAUGGCGAUUCACGGUACGGAAAAAUAUGAGUGUAAUAUGUGCGAAAAAUCGUUCUCUCUUAUGAGCUAUCUUAAGAGGCAUCGGUUGCACCAUACAGGAGAGGGGAAAUACCAGUGCAAUUACUGCGAAAAAAGGUUUACACAAAGCAGCAGUUUGAAGAACCAUUUAGAAAUCCACGUCGGAGAAAAGAAAUAUCACUGCAAAUUUUGCAAGAAAUCUUUCACGCUGAAGGACUAUAUGAACCGGCAUUUGAUAAUUCACAACAAUGAAGCGAAAUACCGAUGUACUAUUAAAACAAAUUCACCUGCAGAUGUUGGUAAUUUAAAGGGAAAAAUUAAUUACGCGUUCAAAAAAAUACUCCAUAAAUAAUUUUAAACGUCCAUCUUACUUUUUUUUUUAUAUUUUAGUUUAGGUUGAAAAUACAUAUGUUUUUAAAAAAU